AUGCGGCGCCAUAUCCUCUCUGCGGAGGAGCAUCUAGCCCUGGGAAUUCAAAAGGCUUCUUCGUGGACUGAAGAGGACCCUCUAUACCAGUCACCGCUCACCUGCGACAAGUGUUCCCUUGACAACGAGCAGUGCUAUAUCCCACCACUCCGUAUUGGCGACGUCAAGGACUACUAUACGGUCUUCGCCCGAUGCGACGGAUGCAGGACCCAACAGCAUGUCUGCAACAUCUUCACCAGACGUGGCAAGCACCAAUGGAAAUUCACCGCGGCGUCUGGCACGUUCAGCCUGGUUCGCCUUCCCCAACACAUUAUCAAGCAACGUGAAAGGAUCACCCGCAAUGCUAAGAACUUCAGGGAGCGCCAGGGCGUGGUCCACCGCAAAAGGAAGCGUAGUAAACCAGUCGCUCAAUACAACGCGCCGCAGUCCGACAGGCCCAAAUCCCUCCUAAACAAGCAGACGUCCAAGUACAGCCUCCGUCGCCGCAAGCAGUCUCCUUCGCCUUCAGCUUCCGAGUCCGAUUCCGAUUCCGAUUGGACUGCCGCUUGCACGCCGCAGCCGCUCGAUUCCCACUCCCAACCCGACGACGCUGAAAGCCCACGUGAAAGUCACAAUGACCCUGCGAGCCCAAACGCCGGCAGCGUAGACGAGGAGAUGAGUGGAGAACUGGACUCUUACCACGCUCUUGUGGACGACAACGGCCAUUCGUCGCGUGCCCCACAACUGCCCGACACAGCUACUCGUUCGAACCCGACUCAAGAUUGGGAGCGCCAACCGUAUGCUGGUUUGUCUACCGAGGACCUCGUGACUCUACUUGUCAGGCGCGACGAACAGCUGAAGGAGAACGACAACAUCGCCCAGGCUCUGAUGCAGAAGCUCCACACCAUCGCGCAACUUGGCUCCCAGAUUUCCCAGGCAGCAACUGUUUAG